GCCCCUGGGGUGUCCCUGGCCAUGCCUGGCUGUGGGAAGGAAGCCCGUGGCCUGCCAGGCUCCCCUUUUCCCUCUUGCAGAUGGACUGCUGUGGCAGGAGCCAGAGAAGGGUCCUCCCAGAACCCGCAAGCAGGGCGCAGCAGACAUUGCCGCCUCGCCUGUCCAGAGUGAACGGCUGGUCGAAGCCCCUCCACGGAUACCAGGCAGUAUCCUGGGCCAUGUUUGUGACCUUGGCCUUAGCCAUGUUUGGCAUUUUUAUUCCCAUGCUGCCUGGCAUGUGGAAGUACAUUGCCUAUGGAGUGAGCGGCGGGAUGUUGUUGUUCCAUGUCAUAGUGUACCUCGUGUGUGUCUCCAUCGACCCGGGAGAGGAUAAUGUGAGAAGGAAGAAGAUUUACAGUGAACCAGUGCCCACGUUCGACAGAUCCAAACACCUCCAUGUUAUAGAAGAUCUGUAUUGCUGCCUAUGUGGGGUCACCGUGAGCGAGAAAGCCAAACAUUGCCGGGCCUGCAACAAAUGCAUCGCUGGCUUUGACCAUCACUGCAAAUGGCUCAACAACUGUAUUGGGAGCAGAAAUUACUGGUGGUUCUUCAGCUCCUUAGCAUCCGCAUUGGCCUGGCUGCUUUGUGUUGUUUCCAUCUUGUUAUAUAUUGUUAUCCAGCAUCAUGUCGACCCACGUGUGCUCCGCACGGAUCCCCACUACCAAAACAUCAACAGUCAGAACACUUGGCUUCUGUUCCUGCCAUAUUUCCACCUAAAGGCAAAGACCCCAGUGUUUGUGACAAUCGCGGUGUUGGUGGUGGUGUUGGACCUCAUCAGCCUCCUGAUGAUCGGGCAACUGUUCAUCUUCCAUCUUUACCUAAUGUCAAAUGGGAUGAGCACUUACAAUUAUUUGAAUCAAAGCCGCAGACAUAGCUCAGGUGCCUCAUCAAGGAACAAAAUUCCAUCAUUUCGUAAACAAAUCUUGCCAGAGGAUAAAAAAAAAAAAAAGAUCAUUGGCCUCAUUUGGCACUAGGGGGUACAGAUGAAUAGCAGAAAGUACCACUGCAGACUAUGAGGCUAAAAUCAAAAGGCCAGCAGUACCAAGUGUUGGUGGCGCUGAAGGGAAAUUGGAAGUCUUCACAUUGCU